AAACCCAAAAAAGAAACGGAUUUCUGAUUUAAGUGGCUUCUUGUAGAGUAGUUGCAGACAAAGCUCACAUAGGAAGCUCCUCUAGAACAGGUUGACCAAGGGCUGUGAUGAAUUUUCCAUAGCUUAAUCUGCAUUACUCUAUCAAUGAAACAGUUGAGACCGAGGAAUUAGGUGUUUUCAACAGAGAAAACAGGCCAAAAUCUUCACGUCCAUGUGCACUAUGUAGAGGGUCAAAGCGAUCCUUGAUGCUCUGUUUUUUUCCAUUAGGUGGAAUGACUUUGGCCUUUUUGAAAAGUCCAAACCACCUACUUAUCUUUCAUCUAACAACUGUAAAGGGUCCUUACUUUAUUUUGUAGUGAUUGGGUUUUUGAGAAUGUCAAAGAGAUUUUCAAAUAUUCUAAUUGAAAGGGAGCAGCUCUAUGUGGUCACAAGACCACACUGUUGGGUGGAAGGUUAUCUGUUAUAUCACCAUCUCUCUCUCUCUCUCUCUCUCUCUCUCUCUCUCCCUCUCUGGCAGAAAGAAACAAUGCCAAUUGCCUUGCUGAGGAUUGUGCUUGGUCUACUUCUUUUGGUGUCAACAGGAACAAAAUCUGCUGGGGAGUUCGAGCAAUGGUGCAUAGCUGAUGAGCAGACCCCAGACGAUGAGUUGCAGGCAGGCAUUGAUUGGGCUUGUGGGGAAGGAGGUGCAGAUUGUAGCAAGAUUCAGGUGAACAAGCCUUGCUAUUUGCCCAACACCGUGAGGGACCAUGCUUCAUAUGCCUUCAAUAACUACUAUCAGAAGUUCAAGAACAAGGGUGGAACCUGCUACUUCAAUGGUGCUGCCAUGAUCACUGAACUCGACCCAAGUCAUAACUCUUGCCAUUAUGACUUCAUUCCUUGAUUCGAAGGCAAGUCUAGUUUAUGAAGUCCCAUGAGAAGAAUUAAAGUUGAAGACUUUUUCUUUUCUUUUUGUCUUCUUGAGGAAGGAUUCCCAUAAAGUUUGCUGUAGUUCUUCCUUCAUAGCUGAGGGGUGGGGUUGAGUUUUGUAUCAGGAGCAAACUUCAAGUCUUGCAGAAAUGGGGUUGUAAACAUUUUUGGCCUGACUUAAAAGGAAAACGAAUUUUAAGGCUGAGAAAUGUAAAUGAUUUUGAGCUCUUCGACCA